AUGAUGAUUACCGACCUUUUUUCUCUCAUCGAAAAGAAGUACCAGGUGUUACUCAUCUUCAUCAUUUUCACCGUAAAUAAUGGCUUUGCCUGGCUCAUGUUCGAGCCCGUCGCUGAUUGGCUCAAGACAAACGUGCAUGGAAUGACUAGCCGAACGCUGCAGCUGCUGUCCUCGUGGCAGCCACUGGUCUUCCUCUGUAUGUUCAUUCCUAUUAUGAAGUUGGUGACGAGAUAUGACGGGCUUCGUCUCGCUGUGCGUAUCGGCGCCUCUGCUGAGAUCGUGGGUGCUACUUUCAAGCUCAUUGGCGCCUUUGCGCACAAAUCCACUUUUGGUCUGGUCAUGCUCAAUAUUGGCCAGAUCUUCAGUGGCGUCGGCUCUCCUGUCGCCACCGGCGCUGUUUCGGCGCUUUCGGCCACGUGGUUCGAGCCGGAGGAGCGCACCCGUGCCACCGCGGCCGCAGUACUGUUCAACAGUGUGGGUAACUCGCUGUGUUACAUCUUCGUCCCCACGCUAACAAAGAAACUGUCGUUUUCUGCGGUGACCGUGUACGAGCUGUUUAUGGCGGUAAUUAGUCUAAGUCUUGCCUGGAUGCUCAUGCCGCAGGAACCGGAGCCAACAGAGGUGGACACGGAGGGGAAGAUGCAGACAAUACUGCAGCUCAGCGCCACAUCAAAUUCAAAGAGUGAGGGGGAUGUUGUGGCCCACUCCAAAGAGCACUUGUCGCUGGUUACGCAGCUGCGCUCGCUCUGGUCCAUUCCGUCGUGCGUGUGCCUGCUUGUUGUGUACGUGUGGCUGAGCGGUGGCUUCUCCGCGUGGAUAUCGCUCUUCGCCGAUACCUAUUCCAAGUUUUACUCGGAGGAGUUCAUCGGCAUCAUGAGCUUCUUCGGCAUGAUCUCCUACGUGGUAGGCGGUAUCGCCUCCUCCUACGUGGUGGACCUCUAUUUCCCACGUCAGAUGAAGUACGUCAUCUUCUUCUGCAUCACCAUGAACAUGGUAUGCAACCUUAUCUUCAUAGCCUGCACGCCGAACGACAGGAGCUACUCUCUGUGGAACCUGGGUCAGUCGUUCAUCGUCUUUUCCACCGCACUUUGCGGCUUCUGGAACGGUGCUGCGGCUCCACUCUUCUACGAGCUGGUGGCGGAGAUUUCGUUCCCGGUGGAAGAGGGCGUUAGCGGCAUUUGCAUCUCCGUCAUGGAGAACGUUGGGGCCCUCGUGUUUUACCAGGUAGUCUCCCGCUUCUUCACCGGCCAGUCAAUGACCGUGGCGUACUCGUUUGGCAUGACAGUCGCCGUGGCGCUGUCGGCCGCCGUGAAGCAGCGCUACAAUCGUUCCUACCACGCCUACUUGCUCCAGAACGCCGAGGGGGAGGAUUAG